CGAACAUAACGUGGAGAAAUGUUGAAGUAUCUGUGAAUCGAAGACCGAACAAGGACUUCGAAUGGCACCGAUGAUCUCACAGUCAACUGAGAAGAGAAUUAUUCACUAAAACUUCGAAGCGGUGACUAUUUGACUAGCUUGCGUCAUCUUGUUUAACUCGGUGAAAAAUAAGAUGGGAAAACAUGAAUAUAGAGGGGUCCGUGCCCAACGGGCCCUCAAUCUCGCAGCCGCCAGACGUGAAGACAGAGAUAAAAUAAAGCGUGUGAAAUAUGGCUACUCCGACCCCGGUCAACCGGAGUUCUACCCGCGGUCACUCGCUCGCCCGACAACAGCGCGCCCUCAGAGCGCGGGACUCGCGAUGCGUCGUGCAGAGGCGAGUGAUAUAGGCCUGGACCUGGGACCAACUCCCGACAAGCCGAAGGUGACGGUUAGGGCAAAGACCUGGCAGUAUCUUCAUACGUGCAUUGGUGUCAUGGCUGCAAUAAUGGUCGGCAUCGGACUCCUAGUCGGUGUCACCGCCCACUGGACGACAAGCAGGGCUGGACAAGCGGGGAUCGGCCUCAUAUGCGGCGGUGUCGGCAUGGUUCUUGGCGUGGUCAUCUUCGCUUUCAUACGACUCAAGCACUCCAAGAUGAAAGACAAGAGAAGGGAGAAAAAGAAGGUUAAGGCUGAUCUGGAAGCCGGUCAGAAGGACGGGAAAAAGAUUCAAUUUAAAACGGAAGACACAGCCCAGGAUGUUCCAAUGAGGCCCAUGUCAAGCAGAAAGAAGAGAAAGAAGAGGACUGAGACGGAGAAGGAGAAGGAAGACACAAAUUCAUAUGAGGAAAGCGUAGCAAACGACGAGACGACGGCGGACACGACGUCGGACACGGCCGGCAUCGUUCCCCGAUCAGUGAGCCGGACCAGCAUGAACCUCCAGGGUUCCAUCAACAUGAGCGCCAUCCCGGAAGACCAGGAGGAGGAGGAUAACGACAAGGCGUCAUCUUCGAAAGCGACCACGGAGAGCAAAGACAUGGACAGUGAUAGCAUACCGGGUGUCAUUGUGGCUUCGGGUGAAGACACAUAGUUGAUCUUCAGGUCAUGUUCCUGAAUACAACGCCAAGUCAAUACAGAUGACUUGUGGUGUAUUGGUAAAGACUGGUGACUCUUAUACGAGAUGUUCUGCGUUCGAUCCUUUGAUCGAUGCUUACCAUAUUAAACAAGCUGUUUCUCCCUCCCUGACCUCUUGACAAAGGUGUAAAUUACUGGGCAGUGUUUGGGUAAAAUUGCAGGGCCCACAGGAAAAACAGUAUCAAUGCUGAUGAGGCUUCCCUGUUAAAUAUGAUUAGUAUAAUCCUUUGUUAUAAUGACC